AACGGGGAUUAUUAUGGCGGACCAUAUGUGCAUGGGUACAGCGGUAUGGGACCUGCCGCGCCUCCUGGCCCGGAAUCGACGUAUGCCUCUGUGCACAUGUCACCCCCGUCCUCGCAAUUACCAGGAUUCCCCGAUUUUAUGAAUCAGCUCCCCCGUGAGAUCAGCUUUCAGCCCGAUUCCUACACAGCAUCUCGACCUCCUCCGAAUUAGGCACGGCUCGCUCGGAGCAAUGGCGACAUGAGCGGGAUAUAGUUUUCGUUGCUUAGUGCUUCUACCUAAGCAUGUGAUUUCCAGGGGGGUUCAGCUUCCGCUCGUGAAAGAACAAGGCAGGCGAGGAGCUGCGCUGCAUGUCAAGAAAUACGGCAGCCCGAGCUCGGCCUGCCUACUGACUGACUACCUGACAGCCAUCAUAGCAUCAAGCAUAGGAUUUUCUUCUUCUUACUGAUUUCCUGUGGCAAACGAUUUGAUUUCCGGAGGAGCGUUUCGCAGCAUCUUCAUACGUAUUCUCAUAUGGUCACAGGCGUUAUUGUAUGCAUUUGGCAUUCAUUUGACCGGAACAAGAGUUUGAGCACCACAUGGAACAUGGCUUAGCAGCAGGAGGGCUUUUGGACUUUCCCCUCCCCCCUUUUCUUCUUCCUUUUUGUUGACGUCGACUGCUAGCAUUUUACAGACAUAAAACAGCCAUAAAAACGAUGAAAAAAAAGUCUACAAUCCC